GGCCGGGCUCCCCGCCCACCUUCUGGCCCAGCCCUGGGCCCAAGCCUCUAGUUCCCUGCUGGCCCUCCCUCAGGCCUCGCCGCGUCCCGGCCUCGGGGACUGUGCCCCGACCCGAACCCGGCGUCCCCGAGGGAAAGGCAGGGCUCCUCGGACGCUCCGCGUGCGCGCUGGCCCUCCGCUGCCGCCCUCUGCAGGGCGAUUUCUCCUAUUUCGGGCUAGGAAGGGAAGAUACGCUCCGGAAGACCCCCGGGCGUCCAUGCUUCCCAAGGAGUCUCCGUAGGACCCCUGGAGAAGGGCACUGGAGCCCCCUAGGGCAGGAGAUGGAAAAGCACUCGCCAUGCGCGGGGUCCCCGGCCCCGGUGCCCCCAGCCCGCCUGCCAUUCCCGGGCGCUUAGCAGUCCGGGGUCCCCAGGUGCCCGGCAGGUCCCUUCGGGACCUCGGGCCGCCCGCUGGGCACACGCUGACUCCGCUGUCGCUUUACAGAAAUUGAGUGCAGCCGAGGCGGGACCCGGGCGCAGAGAGCGAUAAAGGAAAAGCAUGGUCGUGCUCUAAUCAUUACAGUCUAAGGGACGACACGUCGAGAUGGCGCGCGCCUCUGCGUGCGUGGAGAUGGCACAAAGGCCGCGCCGCCCCCGGCGGCCCCCGCCCUCGCAGCGCGCGUGGUCCCGGCCCAGCCGGAUGUUGACAGCGUCGCCUAGCAACGGGAGAUGGCGGAACCGGGCGGCGCAGCGGGCCGGUCCCAUCCGGAAGAUGGAUCGGCUUCUGAGGGAGAGAAGGAAGGGAAUAAUGAAAGCCACAUGGUGUCACCACCAGAGAAGGAUGAUGGCCAGAAAGGUGAAGAAGCUGUCGGUAGCACAGAGCAUCCUGAAGAAGUCACAACCCAAGCGGAAGCUGCAAUUGAAAAGGGGGAGGUCCAGACAGAAGGGGAAGCAGCAGUGGAAGGGGAAGAGGAGGCUGUGUCCUAUGGAGAUGCUGAAAGCGAAGAGGAAUAUUACUAUACAGAAACUUCAUCCCCAGAAGGGCAAAUCAGUGCUACAGAUACGACUUACCCGUAUUUCAGUCCUCCUCAGGAACUGCCUGGAGAGGAGGCGUAUGAUAGUGUUAGCGGGGAGGCUGGUCUCCAUGGCUCCCAGCAAGAGGCCACCGGUCCACCAGAAUCCAGAGAAGGGAGGGUCACCUCCCCAGAGCCAUCCCACGGAGUCUUAGGCCCAUCGGAGCAAAUGGGCCAGGUCACCUCUGGGCCAGCAGUGGGCAGAUUGACAGGAUCCACAGAGGAGCCCCAGGGGCAGGUGCUCCCAAUGGGCACCCAGCACCGCUUCCGGCUGAGCCACGGGAGCGACAUCGAGUCCUCAGACCUGGAGGAGUUCGUCUCGCAGGAGCCAGUGAUCCCCCCAGGGGUGCCCGAUGCCCACCCCAGGGAAGGAGACCUGCCAGUGUUCCAGGACCAGAUCCAGCAGCCCAGCACCGAGGAGGGGGCCGUGGCAGAGAGAGUGGAGUCUGAGGGGAGUGACGAGGAAGCAGAAGACGAAGGGUCCCAGCUGGUGGUUUUGGACCCAGACCACCCCCUGAUGGUAAGAUUCCAGGCUGCCCUGAAGAACUACCUGAACCGACAGAUCGAAAAGUUGAAGCUGGACCUCCAAGAGCUGGUUGUGGCUACCAAGCAGAGCCGAGCCCAGCGGCAGGAGCUGGGGGUGAAUCUCUAUGAGGUGCAGCAGCACCUGGUACACCUGCAGAAGCUGCUGGAGAAGAGUCACGACCGCCACGCAAUGGCCUCGAGCGAGCGCAGGCAGAAAGAGGAGGAGCUGCAGGCCGCCCGCGCUCUCUACACCAAGACCUGCGCAGCCGCCAACGAGGAGCGCAAAAAGUUGGCGGCUCUGCAGACUGAGAUGGAGAACUUGGCCCUGCAUCUCUUCUACAUGCAGAACAUCGAUCAGGACAUGCGUGACGACAUCCGCGUGAUGACGCAAGUGGUGAAGAAGGCCGAGACGGAGAGGAUCCGGGCAGAAAUCGAGAAGAAAAAGCAGGACCUGUAUGUGGACCAGCUCACCACUCGAGCCCAGCAGCUGGAAGAAGACAUUGCCCUGUUUGAGGCUCAGUACUUGGCCCAAGCUGAGGACACCCGGAUUUUAAGGAAAGCAGUGAGUGAGGCCUGCACCGAGAUCGAUGCCAUCAGCGUGGAGAAGAGGCGCAUCAUGCAGCAGUGGGCCACCAGCCUGGUGGGCAUGAAGCAUCGCGACGAGGCGCACAGGGCGGUGCUGCAGGCGCUCAGCGUGUCCCUAGAGCGCUUCCCAAGUCAAAAUAUAAACACCGCUCAUUCCCGCCUUUCUACCACAUGGCAUUCCACUGGGAUACUUCUACGGGGAAGCUUCCUGCCCGGGGCAUCGAGGGUGUUCGCGUUCGUCUGUUAUGGCGGUGCUGCUGUAGAUAACCAGGUCCGCGAAUGCUAAUGCUCACCAGGAUGCUAUAUAGCCUUUUUUAUAUUACCCAUCAAGCCCGGAAUGUCUGGGUCUAGCGGGUAUUGCUAAGUAGGAUUGUGACAGUCACACCCCCGGCAGCAGUGUUUCAAAGUCCCCUGACAGCUCAGCAUGUUGUCACACUUUAGGACUGUGCCAAUCUGAUUGAUGAAGAAAAUAGAUAUCUUGUUUUAUAAAACGUCCAUGUGCAGAAUGUUGAGUGAAUAUUUUAGUGGACUAUGUACAUGCACAAACACUUCACAACGAGUGAGAGAGCCUCUGACUUCACCUGCAGCUCGCCGCACCAAGGCCCUGGGGAGGAGUGAGGCCCAACUUUUAUUUAUUUUAUUUUUAUUGUUUUUGCAAUGGAGUCUCGCUCUGUCCCCCAGGCUGGAGUGCAGUGGCGCCAUCUCUGCUCACUGCAACCUCCGCCUCCUGGGUUCAAGCGAUUCUCCUGCCUCAGCCUCCCAAGUAGCUGGGAUUACAGGCGUGCACCACCACGCCUGGCUAAUUUUUGUAUUUUUAGUAGAGACGGGGUUUCACCAUGUGGGCCAGGCUGAUCUUGAACCCCUACCUCAGGUGAUCCACCCGUCUUGGCCUCCCAAAGUGCUGGGAUUACAGGCGGGAGCCACUGCGCCCGGCCAGUCUUUUAAAAGUGCAGGCCGUGUAGAACAUUGUGAGAAGUAUAAACUGUAAUUACAGAGAUUUGCUGUUUGCACCCAGAUAGAUUUGAAGAAGCAACUUGGAGACAGGUUUAAUAGAUCAGGGCCAUUAUUACAGAAAUAAAUUAUUGCAUAGCUUAGGACUUCCAAGCUAGGAAUGCAGUGACUGAACUAUACCUCAAAUAUUGACCUUGAGAUGUUCAGAUUUGUAGAGCAUCUUAGAAAAUGGUGACAUUCCUGGCUGAUGGUCAGGAUGGUGCAUACCAGGCCAGUACCCUGGUGGCUGUCUGGGCAUUUCUGGAGCCUUCACCCUGCGAGAUCCCCAUGGGGCAGUACCCCCUGGCCCAGAAGCUUGGUUUUGCCAUCACACCGAGAAGGCACACUUGUCCUGGAGUUAGUUUACAUGAAUCGAGCUCACCAGAGCCUGACGUGUAACUGAGAAUAAUAGCCCAUUUAUGUGCAUGAUGAAAUAUAAACACCAAAGAACUGAAUGCUCCACGCUCGGACUAGCAGAUUCUUACCUGUGGGGGAGGACACAGGAGCGGAUGACACAGACCCCUGCUCAGGGACCGGCUAGAGGGCGGAAUGCCUGGGCCCUGGCCCUGUCUGCUUCCUGCUUCUUCCCCGAAGUUCAUGGCCUGUCCGUCCACAUGGGCGGGAGGUGUCCCCCGAGCAGCCCUCACCCUGACCUUGGCUGCUUUCUCCAUUCCAUUCCCCACCCCUCCUCCCUCCUGACACCCAUGGCAUUUUUUCAGAUAAGUUAAUACCUUUGAUUAGGUUCCAGCCAAACCUCACCCUUUCUCUUUUCCCAUGCCUUUGUGUCUCUCUUCGUCUGAUGUCGAGUCUACAACCUAAUGCUUUGAAGACAGUCUGACUUCCCCGUCCUUGGUCAGGGGGUUGCUGCUGCGGGGGAGGCAGUAACCAUAAUCUUGCCCCCAUGUCUCAUACACAAGCUGCAAGCUUAGCUCAGAAGCUGUGCCUGUCUUGGCUGCUUUUUCUUGCUGUCUUCCCUAUUUUUGCAGGAGUUUUGCACACGGUCAUAAAAGUUCAGGAGAAACAUGAAACGUGUUAUUCUGUUUCCUGUUUAAGUCGACCCGAGGAAGCUGAAGGGGCCAGGCGCGGUGGCUCACGCCUGUAAUCCCAGCUCUUUGGGAGGCCGAGGCGGGCAGAUCACGAGCUCAGGAGCUGGAGAUCGAAACCAUCUUGGCUAACAUGGUGAAACCCCGUCUCUACUAAAAAUACAAAAAAACAGCCAGGCCUGGUGGCGGGCACCUGUGGUCCCAGCUACUCAGGAGGCUGAGGCAGGAGAAUCGCCUGAACCCGGGAGGUGGAGGUGGCGGUGAAGCAAGAUGGUGCCACUGCACUCCAGCCUGGGUGACAGAGCGAGACUUCGUCUCAAAAAAAUAAGAAAGAAAAAGAAAAAAAGAGAGAGAGAGAGACAGAGAGAGAAAAAGAAAGAAAGAAAAGAAAAGAAAACUGAGGGCUUGCCCUAAUCUCCUAGACUUCCUUUUCCCUCAAUCCUGAUGAUGGCAGAGACGACUCCUCAAAGGCUCCUCCCCUUGGCAUGGAGUGCUGGAGCCUGCCCUAGGGAGGGAGGACAGGAUGGAGCAAGACACUGAACGCAGAAUUAGAGCUAGGCAACAAGCGGGUGAUUUCACUGUUUCCUGGGUAACAAGCCCCAGGCUCAGCUCGGUCUGGUGUAGCUCCUCAAAGGGGACACUGUCCUUGCCCCCAGUUGAUGGAGGAGGGAGCGGAAGGCAGUGUGGGAUGGGUUGGGUGUGGGCGUUGCCACAGUGUCCCCAGCAGGCCUCCUUCUAGCCUGGGGAUCUGGCAGGUGGGUCCCAGUCACCACCAAUGCCCCAUGUACCCAAGGACACUGGUGACCCAGCAGACCUGAGGCCACAGACCAAAGACAGAGUAACAACCCCUUUAAAAAUGUGCCCCCAUGGGCGGGCAUAGUGGCUCCUGCCUGUAAUCCCAGUGCUUUGGGAGACUGAAGCAAGAGGAUCCCUUAAGCCCAGGAGUUCAAGACCAGCCUGGGCAACAUAGUAAAGUAAGACCUUGUCUCUAAAAUAAAAUAUAAAAAAUAGCCAGGUGUGGUGGUGUGUGCCUGUGGUCUCAUCUAUUUGGGAGGCAGAAGCAGGAUGAUCGCUUGAGUCCAGGAAUUUGAGGCUGCAGUGAACUGUGAUUGCACAAAUGCACUCCAGCCUGGGCAACAGAGCAAGACCCUGUCUCUCAAAAAAUUUUUAAUUAGCGGGGCAUGGUGUGCACCUGUAGACCUGUAGUCCCACCUACCCGGGAGGCUGGGUGGGAGGAUUGCUUGAGCCCAGGAGGUCGAGGCUGCAGUGAGCCGAGAUGGUGCCACUGCACUCCAGCCUGGGCUACAGAGCCAGAGCCUGUCUCAAAAAAAUAAAAAAGUGUCCCCAGACACAGGGGCAUGGGUGAGGCCUGUCAGGACUGCUGUGGUAGCUCAUGGUGUCCUGUCCCUUCUUCCCACCGGGGAAUGACCAUGGCUGUGGGCACACCCCCUGUCCAUCUGGGCCUGCCUGUGGGAGCUGGACACUGCCCUCCCCAGCAGCCAGAAGUCCUGAAGGAACCGUGUGUGACGCUCAAGACCAGACCGGGCCUGCCACACCAAGCCUUCAAAGACCGCAGCGGUCCGGGCAGUCCAACGUGGGUCCCAAAGCUAGGUGAAUAACCACGAGGAGUCCACGGUCAGCCCCUUCCCAUCACAUAUGCAGGGAAACGGGUCACUUUCACUUUCAGAAAACAAAGCCUGGACCGCACUUAACUUGGAGACAGAUAACCUAAUCAGAAUUCACACACCCCUGGGACUUGGAGCCAAAAACACCCGUGCUCUUACCUGCCUUUGUCCUAUUUCCUGGCGGGAAAUACAGAGGGCAGACAGGUCUUGGCCCGCAGCCGCAGCCCCUUUACCCCAAGAUGUGACUUGGUCAGCCACACGGCCUCGCAGCCUCCUCCCAGGCCCUCAGCUGUGGCCGCGGCAGCCAGGCAGGCCGACCCGAGGACAAAAGCCACGGGCAGCGUCCUGGGAGAGAACCUGACCUUGACCACAGGCUGCUGGACACCUCCUGCGUCUCCCCCUUAAUCCUCAGAGGCAUGGGGCCCAACGCCUGGGCCAUAUUCCAGAUUCCAUCCGUUCUUUUUGUUUCAUUUACAGACAGUCCCCGACUUCACGAUUUUUGGACUUUACCACGGUAUUAAAGCAACAGGCGGGCGACGGAAACUGCGCUUUCAGUCCCACACAGCCUCCCUGGUUUUCAGCACGGUAUUCAAUAAAUUACAUGGAUGCCCGACACUUUAUCAUCAGACAGGCUUUGUGUGAGAUGAUUUUGCCCACCUGCAGGCUCAUGGGAGUGUCCUGAGCACGUUUGAGGGAGGCUGGGCUGAGCCGGGGUGCCUCGCAGGAAAUCUGCAGGAAGUGCAUUUUGGGGUUUUUCAGCUUUUUUUUUUUUUUUUUUUGAGUUGAAGUUUCACUCUUGUCGCCCAGGCUGGAGUGCAGUGGGGCGAUCUCAGCUCACUGCAACCUCCACCUCCUGGGUUCAAGUGAUUCUCCUGCCUCAGCCUCUCAGGUAGCUGGGAUUACAGACAUGCACCACCACCAUGCCCGGCUGAUUUUGUAUUUUUAAAAGAGACGGGGUUUCACCAUGCUGGCCAGGCUGGUCUUGAACUCCUGGCCUCAGUUGAUCUGCCCCCACUUGGCCUCUGAAAGUGCUGGGAAUUACAGGCGUGAGCCACGGCACCAGCCUGCAUUUUGGACUUAGGAUAUUUUCAACUUACGACGGGUUUGCUGGGCUGCAUCCCCACCGUAAGCUGAGGAGAACCCGUACUUUCUAUUGGUGCCUGCUGAUCUACGGAGUUUUUAAAGUACGAUUUAAAAAAAUAAUAAUCCUUAUCAAGGAUAAGUGAUUGCGUUACAGGACAUUUGAAAAACAGAGAAAAGGAUUUAAAAAUACCAUCGACUUUCUCUUUUUGUGACAAGGAGACUUAUUAGCAUGUCAGCGCACUCUCAGGCACACGUUUCCCCGAGUGUUAGGAGUUCUGUUGCACAGUUUGUAACUG